ACCUGUCUCAUGCCCCUGUGUCCCCUUCACCUGAGCCAGGGAACCCUGACCCGGCUGUCGCUGCACCCAGGGAGUCCCAACACCUGUGCCUCCUGAGAAGCGGCCUACCCUCCUGAGCAGAGCCUGGUCUGAUGUCAGGAGCCAAGGACAGCGUUUAGGCCAAUAGGGUCUGGCAGGGCUCCGGCACUGGGGGGCUCAGCCUAGAGAGCAGAGCUGAAGGGGCUGCUCUGCACCUGCACUGCUCUGUGAGGGUCCACUGGGGGCUUGGCACCAGACAGGUCGGGGGCAGACAAGCCCUGCCCAGUAGGCCAGCAGCCCGUCAGGGACAGUGGGUGAUGUCACAAUGCCCUGCCUCCUGGGCACACGCUCCUGCCUCCCACCACUGUCUCUGCCGUCAGCCUGGCCUUGGUAAGUGCUGCCGCCAGCCUGGGGAGGAACGUGCGAGGGGGCGGCCCAGGGACCUUUCCAAGCCUGGGGCCUCUGUCCGUGGCCUGGCUCCUUGCCAGGAUGGCAUCAGAGGCCUGUGGCAUGUGCCAUUAGAGGCUCCUGAUGCACCCCUUCAGAGUACAAGGGGACUCGCCUCGAAGUCCUAGGCGGGCAUGGGACUUAGACAGCAACACGGCCCUCGGGGUAAGUGGAACCAGGUUUUGGUUUUGUUUGGAGGUGUUGGGAAAGGGACGUAGACCCUGCAGUAAGUAGGGGGCAGGGUUUACCAUCCAGGCUGAGAGGUUGCCCCCCACCCCGAGACUUUGUCUCCUGGGGGAGAGGGCCCAGCAGGGGAAUGCCCCAUGGGCCAGCGGAUCUGCCCUCACCUAGGCUCCACCAAAUGGCCCUACCGAAGCAGGGGACAGUGCGGGUACCCUGAGGGAAAGCUGCUCAGCCCCUGGCAAGUCAGCUCCUGGGUGCUAGUCAGCUGGCCUGGAGGCUUCUGCUUUGGGGAGCAGUGCAGAUCUGUGGCUGGGAAGGAAUCCUGUGCUGGUCACAGCCACCCCUCUAGAACAGGCCAGCCAAGUGUGAGCUUGGGGACCCUAGGUAUGUCCUAAGAGCACACUGGCCUCCGGGGCUUUCUGGGCCUGAGCUGCUCCUGGCCAGAGGCUGCAGUGGCCCAGACCCCUUGGUUCUUGCUGAGUAGGGUGGUCGGCAGAGCAGGGGCCAGCGUUUCCACAGCACCGUGCCUGGGAGUGGCGGGGCCCUGUGGCGGCAGUAGGAUUGGCGUACGGCAGGGGACAAGGCCAUUGCCUCGUGUGGCUGAUGGUGCAUGCUGUCUUGCGUGGGGACAGCAGACAGCUAAGGCCACUCUAAGCUGGAGGGGUCACCACCUCCAGCGAGGAAGCUGAGGGUCCUGGGGCAGAGGCUUGUGCACUGGCCACAGCGGCAGGUGAGGUGCAGCGUCCCCUCACCUGCCUUUCAAACCAUCCAGUGCUGAAACAAGGGGAGGGGUCCCCCCGUCCUCGGUCUUGGAGAUUCCCACGUGGCCCCUCUGGUUCAGGUGCCGUCAGAGGUGUGAGCUCAUGGCCUCCUGCUGGGAGGAGCUGCAGCUGACCAAGGAGCCUGGCUCUUACUCGCUGCCUGAGCCACUGGGCUCCUUUCCUUUUAGAUGGUCACCAGCAUCCUCCCUGGUGUCUCCCCUGAUGUCGUCUUGAGGGAGUGGGCACUCUUCUGCUCUAGGCUGCCCACUGAGAGGCUGUCCUUUGUCUAAGACCCUUGGCAGCUCCCCUUGGAGCAUGUGCUGCUCUGGGUGGUGGGGUGGCCGUGGCGGGUGUGGGUGACCCAGAGGCAGGGUGCACCCUCGGGGCCAUCCUCAGAGACAGCCAAGUGCAUUUCUGUAAGACAGAAGCACUAGCAAGGCCUCAGGGCAGGCAGCCAGACUUAGCAAAAACAUGGAACAUCCAGAUAAAGUUUCAGAUGAACAGUGACUAACUUUUCAGUACAGCUGUGUCUCAAAUGUUUUGCAGGACUUACUUAUUCUAAAAAUUAUUUGUUGUUUAUGUGGAAGUCAAAUUAGCUGAGUGUAUCCUGUGUUUUGUCUGGCAACCCUCCUUGGAGAUUCUAUGAGAAAAGGUUUCUGUGGCUAAAGAGGUUUGGAAACAGUGUUCUCGAGACCCCUCUGGAGAGCCUGGGUGCAUGUUAGAUUGGAGGAGACAAGUUGUGCAGUUCAAAGAAUACAUAUAUACACACGUGCAUGUAUGUAUGUGAUGUGUCCCCUGCUUUGUUGAGUUCCCCGUGGGUUUGACUGUGGUCCUUGCAUGUUAGCUCAUGGCACCCGCACUGGGGAGUGUCCCUAGGCCCUGCCAGCCCCGCCAGUCAGGCUGAGGGGGUGCAGGGGCGCUGUCUGCGGGGCCUGCUGUGUUGCAACUGCCUUCUUGUGCUUGCCUUUUAACGCUGCGCGGAAGAUGAGGAGCGUGAAGACCUCCUGUGGCCUGGAGACCGUCUGGGAGGACAAGCAGAAGUAUGGCGAAGCCGAGCGGCGCUUCUAUGAGCACGAGGCCACCCGAGCCGCCGCCGCCGCUCAGGAGCUCAUCGCCGAGGCGCCAGCCAUGAACGGGCCCGGUCAGGAGGCCACCGAGGAGGCAGAGGAGGUAGAGGCCCCUGACAGCAGCAGCAGGGGUGACCCCGGGAACAAGCCCCUGCAGAAGAAGAGGAAGCGCUCCCCGAAGAGCUGGCUCGGCCAUGUGGACCCCUCCCUCGUGGGCCUCUCGGCUGACCACGUCUGGCUGGACAAGCCACUUUUCGACCAGGCGGAGAGCUCCUACCGCCAGAGGCUGGCAGACGCGGCUGCCAAGGCCACCUGGCUGCCCGCCCUGGCCCCCCGGGGCCCCUGCACCCACGGAAGCCAGGUGGCCUGCCACCACGUGACCUGGGGCAUCUGGAUCAACAAGUCUUCCUUCGAUCAGGCCGAGCGGGCAUUCGUGGAGUGGUCUCAGGCCCUGCUGCUGGCCACAGAGGGGAGCGGCAGGCAGGGGGCUCCCAACACAGGCCAGCGUGAGGCCACCCCUGACCUAGCCCUCGCCCACCGGCCCAGCCCACUGGGCAACGGCCAGCCUCCACUGGGAAGCUUGCAGGCGCUAGUGCGGGAGGUGUGGCUGGAGAAGCCCCGGUAUGACGCGGCCGAGAGGUGCUUCUAUGAGGCCCUGUUUGACGGCCACCCCCCUGGGAAGGUGCGCCUGCAGGAGCGAGCCAGCCAGGCCGACAAUGCCAGGCGGGGCCGCAGAGACCGGCGGGGCCGCAACGCUGUGGGAAGCAAGCGGGCUGGGCCGCGGCGGGCCGACGGGGAGGCCCCUUCUGCCCUGCCUUACUGGUACUUCUUGCACAAGGACGCUGAGGCCCCCUGGCUCAGCAAGCCUGCCUACGACACUGCGGAAUGCCGCCACCAUGCUGCCGAGGCCCUGCGCGUGGCCUGGCGCCUCGAGGCUGCGUCCCUGGCUCACCGACCUGGUGUCUGGUCUGGCCUGUCCAUGUCCAGCCUGAGACCCAACAGGAAAAUGGCCACAAACUUCCUAGUGCAUGAGAAGAUCUGGUUCGAUAAGUUCAAAUAUGAUGAUGCAGAGAGGAAAUUCUACGAGCAGAUGAACGGGCCUGUGGCUGGCUCCUCACGCCAGGAGAACGGCGCCAGCGUGAUCCUCCGAGACAUUGCGAGAGCCAGAGAAAACAUCCAGAAAUCCCUGGCCGGAAGCUCAGGCCCUGGGGCCUCCAGUGGUCCUGGCGGAGACCACAGUGAGCUCGUCAUCCGGAUUGCCAACCUGGAAGUGGAGAACCAGAGCCUGCGAGGCGUGGUGCAGGAUCUGCAGCAGGCCGUCUCCAGGCUGGAGGCCCGGCUGAGUGCGCUGGAGAAGAGCUCGCCCGCCCACCGGGCGACAGCCCCGCAGACCCAGCACGUGUCUCCCAUGCGCCAAGUGGAGCCCCCCACCAAGAAGGCAGCCACCGCGGCGGAGGAUGACGAGGACGAUGACAUCGACCUGUUUGGCAGCGAUGAGGAGGAAGACAAGGAGGCCGCCCGGCUGCGGGAGGAGAGGCUGCGGCAGUACGCUGAGAAGAAAGCCGAGAAGCCUGCGCUGGUGGCCAAGUCCUCCAUCCUCCUGGACGUCAAGCCUUGGGAUGAUGAGACGGACAUGGCCCAGCUAGAGGCCUGCGUGCGCUCCAUCCAGCUGGACGGGCUGACCUGGGGGGCCUCCAAGCUGGUGCCCGUGGGCUACGGCAUCCGCAAGCUGCAGAUCCAGUGUGUGGUGGAGGAUGACAAGGUGGGGACCGACCUGCUGGAAGAGGAGAUCACCAAGUUCGAGGAGCAUGUGCAGAGCGUCGACAUUGCCGCUUUCAACAAAAUUUAAGCCCUGGCACUGGGCCUGAGCGAGUGAGGUCCUACCGCCAUUAAACACUGAGAUUCUGGC